AUGGGCGGGCCACGAGUCAUCUAUUGGUUCCGGACGGAUCUGCGCUUGCAUGAUUCCCCAGCACUGCAGGCUGCUCUCGACUUAGAGCCCGCCGUCCUGUGGCCCAUCUUCACCUGGGAUCCUCACUAUGUCUAUCGAGCCAGAGGCGGACUCAAUCGGUGGCAGUUCCUCUUGGACUGUCAACACGACCUCUCCCAGUCGUUGACAAGACUCAAUUCCAAGUCAAAGCUGUUUGUUCUCCGUGAGGGGCCACAGACGCUCUUCCCUAAGCUAUUCAAGGCAUGGAAUGUCACGCACCUCGUUUUCGAAAAGGACACCGACGCCUAUGCGCGGGAGCGCGACAGGGUUGUUGUCGAGGCGGCUGAGAAAGCAGGCGUCAAGGUCAUCACCCGCUCAGGCAGGACGCUCUGGGAUAGUGACGACAUUGUCGCCAACCACGAUGGGAAGCCUACAUUGUCCAUGUCCCAGCUCCAAGCCGCAGCAAAGAAGAUUGGAAGCGUCCCACGUCCCAUCCCUUCCCCGAAACACCUGCCCGACCCGGGCGAGAUGCCAGUCGAUUUUGACCAAGACCAACCAGACACCAAGCCCGACUUCAACGCCUCUCGCCGCACCGAGAAAGAUAGCGGCUACAGCAAGAUCGCAGGUCCAAAGGGAGAUUUCGCAAUCGAGACCAUGAAAGAGUUGGGCUUUCCGCCCGCGACCACGCCUCACAAGGGCGGCGAGAGUCUGGCAUUAGAGCGUCUCGACGCCAUCAUCAAAGAUGCCAAGUACACGGCGACGUUUGAGAAGCCAAAGACCAGCCCUGCCCAGUUCGAGCCGCAGUCCACCACCUUGCUUUCGCCGUUCCUCCACUUCGGGGCACUCUCGGUGCGGGAGUUCUAUUGGCGUGUACAAGAUGUCGUUGAGGAGUACGGCAAGGGUGCAUCCUCACCGCCCGCGAGCCUUACUGGACAGUUGCUAUUUCGCGACAUGUACUUCGCCGCACACGCAGCGAUUGGACAACCUUUUGGCCAGACAGCCAUGAACCAGUAUUGCAGAUUCAUACCAUGGCAUCUCGCAUCGAAAAGGGAUCCGGCUACUGGAAUAACCACCGGAGAGUACCACGUGGAUUCAGAAGAGGCAGAAACGUGGUUCAAGAGAUGGCGAGCUGGCGUGACGGGAUUCCCCUGGAUUGACGCACUCAUGCGCCAACUUCGCGAGGAGGGCUGGAUCCACCAUCUCGGGCGUCACUCGGUCGCCUGCUUUCUCACCAGGGGCGGGUGUUAUGUCGACUGGGAGCGCGGAGCCGAAGUCUUUGAAGAGUGGCUUCUCGACCACGAGCCAGCCUGCAACAUUGGUAAUUGGCAGUGGCUCUCCUGCACUGCCUUCUUCUCGCAGUACUACCGCUGCUACAGCCCCAUCUCCUUUGGCCAAAAGUGGGACAAGAACGGCGAUUUUAUCCGACGUUGGGUGCCGGAGCUCAAGGACCUCAACGCCAAGUACAUAUACGAGCCGUGGAAAGCGCCGAUCCAAGACCAAAAGAAGGCAGGCGUGCGUGUGACGGGCGACGGGCUGUCGUCAGACGACAAAGGCACGUAUCCGAAGCCCAUGUUUGACUUUUCGCACCGCCGAAAUGUGUGCCUCUCUGCCAUGAAGACGGCGUACGAUGUUGGGCUACAUGGAAAUGACGAAAAGGUCCUGGACGGCACGUGGAGGGAGUUGUUUCCCUCCCCAGACGAGUCUGAGGUGCGCGGCGAGUGUGAGAGCGACGACGGGGAGAGGGCCGAUGAGGGGGACGAGGGUCCCGAUGCGGAGACGGGAGACAAACGGCGCCACAGCAAGGACGGCACCGAUGGCGCGGCAAAGAAGCAGAAGAAGUAG